AUCGCCGCCGCCGCCGUACCGUGAAUGGGAGGGUGACCCCCCAGCAAUCUAUCGGUUUCUGCGGUUGAGAUUCGGGAUCCAAUAUGGUGAAAUCAUACGCGUCGAGGAAUGUUUCAUCUCCCGUCUACAGCGGGAAAGAAAUAGAAACUGCGCUCUGCUUUAGCUCGCCUUCGUUGGACAGGGAAAAGAAGGCCUUUCUUGGGUCGACAAGCUUGAGGAUGAGAUGCAAAGAAGAGCACUCACGGGAAUCGGAUGGCCAGCAUUCGCGCCUUUCGUUGUCUGAGCUCGCAAGUUCGAGAAGCGAGGCUGCCGCGACGAAGUUGCAGACGGUCUACCGCAGUUUUCGGACCAGAAGACAGCUAGCUGAUUGCGCAGUUCUCGUGGAACAGAGAUGGUGGAAAUUGCUGGAUUUCGCCGAACUAAAGAGGAGCUCCAUAUCUUUCUUUGACAUCGAGAAAACCGAGACUGCCGUUUCACGUUGGUCCAGAGCAAGGACUAGAGCUGCUAAGGUUGGAAAGGGCUCGUCCAAGGAUGAAAAAGCUAGAAAACUGGCUUUGCAGCAUUGGCUCGAGGCGAUUGAUCCCAGGCACAGAUAUGGCCAUAAUCUUCAGUUUUACUACGUCAGGUGGCUGCACUGCAGUAGCAAACAGCCCUUCUUCUAUUGGCUUGACAUAGGUGAAGGAAGAGAGAUCAACAUGGAUAGAUGCCCUCGAGCAAGGCUUCAUCAGCAGUGCAUCAAGUAUCUUGGACCGACUGAGAGGACGGCUUUUGAGGUCGCGAUAGAGGGCGGGAAGUUCUCCUACAAGCAGAGCGGCGAGAUCCUUGACACAAGAGGAGGGCCCAUAGAUGUCAAGUGGAUCUUUGUGCUUAGCACAUCCAAGGACUUGUAUGUCGGGCAGAAGAGCAAGGGCACGUUUCAGCAUUCGAGCUUCUUGGCCGGUGGAGCCACAUUAUCUGCCGGCAGGUUGGAGGUGGAAGAUGGUAUCCUAAAGGCGGUUUGGCCCCACAGCGGACAUUAUCUCCCGACCGAAGAAAACUUCGAGGCUUUUAUGUCAUUCCUCAAGGAGAAGAAGGUGGAUCUUACCAAUGUCAAGAAAUGCCCUACUGAGGAAGAAGAGGCAGCCCUUGCAAGAAAAGGCAAGAGCCUCCCAAGCAAUCCCUCCGAGGUCGAUUGGGUUCAAUUCCUUGAACGAUUGCAUGAUGCGAAAUCAGCUGACAAGGAAGCUAACUUACUGGUGCACGGUGGCGAUGGCGUCAGUGACUCCGAUCCUCAAAUAACCACUUGGUCACGGCGAAGAGGCUCGAGCAUAACCAAGCUUGAAAUACCGCAAAAGCCUAAUGGCUUCGACGUGCUUGGAGAAGAAGCGCUUACGCGAGGACUGAGCCGCUGGGCCCAGUUCAUCGGUAGUCCUCCAGAGGAUGGGUACGAAACGCCGGCAGAAUCGUUCCUCACCGAGGAGGACUUCAUGGUCCCGAAACUGAACAUGUUUGACGAGGAAGAGGCCGACGGCGAAUGCCCGGUACCGAGAGAGAAGAUCAUGCAAAGGAUAGAUUCGCACAAGGGUUUGAGAUCAUAUCAGCUGGGUCAGCAGUUGUCCUGCAAAUGGACGACCGGGGCCGGCCCGCGCAUCAGCUGCAUGAGGGAUUACCCGUCGGAGCUCCAAUCCCGCGUGUUGGAGCUCGCAAACCUGUCCCCGAGAGGAUCAAGCACGCCUUCCCGAUUUAGCCCGAAGGUGCUGACCCCAACGUCUCUAUGUAGAGAAGCCACGGCGAGCAGAAGCCGCUUCGUCCAGGAACGGGUUAUACUGUACCAAACGGCAACGCCUUAGCGUAUAUACACAUAUCUGGAUUCAUUGGCAUCAAGCAAAGGAUGAGGAAGAAAUUUUUCUCGCCAUUCUUGGUUUUUUCUUUCUUUCUCUUUUGUAAAGAUUAACAGGGCAAUGGAAUCAGAU